AUGGCGAACUCUGCAAGCUUGGAAAUGGCGGACGGGACCAAGAGUGAUUUUGUUGGACGUUUGGAAUCGACGAGUGGAGCAAGAGAGAAGAGAGACAUGUGCAGCGGGCUUUCAUAUAAAAAGAGGAUUUAUGAUCCAGUGGAUUAUAAAACCAAUAAUAAAGUUGAAUUUUGGAUAGUUGAUGAGAAACAGGAAGGAGAGCUUGAUUAUGAUGAACUAGAAGAAAUGAUUGAAGAAGAAUUUUCCAAAACUAGUGAGGAUGGAUCCUCUCAAUCACGUAAGAAAGACACAAAUAUUGUGCAAGUUGAUGAUGAGGAUGAUCUUGAUGAUAUUGACUUCAAAAGUUAUAAAAUUGGAGAUAAGGAUGAUAAAGAUGAAGAUGAAGCAUGGCUUAGAUAG